AGAGGCUGAGGGAGAGUUAAGCACUUCUGGUUCAGAUGAUGUGUUAACUUUAGCAUUAGGAAAUCCUGAGCAUACUAGAAUAAUUAGAGGUGUAGGGGCAAAUGUGAGGCAAGCUGCAUACUUUAACCUCCCAAAACGCCGAAAGCAAAGUGUUGAACAGAGUCUUAGGUUAAGUGUUCAGAAAAUAAUGGAACAAGAAAGGGAGAAGAUACUGUGAUUUGUCGUCUCUCUCGUCUUCAAAUGUGACUUUUACUUGGUUUUUUUGCUUUGAAGUUGUCACUGGAUGCUGACUGUAAUAAACUCUGAAGAAGACACAGUCUACUUCAUGGACCCAUUAAAGAGGAGACUAAUUACGGGAGAGUGGAAGAACAUUGUUGACAACGGCAUCAAAAUAUAUAAUGCACAAGUCAAAAGGCAAGGCAGAAAAGCAACUACCUGGAAAAACUGUGCGGGUAUUCCGGAGCAAAAGACCGACAAGGAUUGUGGAUAUUUUAUAAUGAGAUACAUGAAGGAAAUAGUGGAGGAUAAAAACUUGGACUUUUUCAGCAAGUGGGAGAGAAGAAGUAAAGCAGCAUAUUUCCAGGAGGAUAUUGAUGUGGUCAGAAAUGAGUGGGCAAAGUUUAUGGUUAAAACAUAUAUGUAAGAUUUGUGUUGGUACUUCUUGGAGACCUAGUUCAAAGUUUGUGGUUAUGUUUUGGUUGGACAGGAUCAGUAGCUAGUACUUUGAAUUGAUAUGUAAGAAAUACUUUAACAAUUGGGUACUCUAUUUCUAGUUUCGGUGUGUUUUGGCAAUGUAUGACAAUGAUGUGCUAUAGUAAAUGACAUUUGAACCAAUUUGUGUUUCAUA